AUGAUCUGGCCUGUCGGGCGUGGCAGCUCACUCUUCGUUUUCAGCUUCCACAACUCACUGGCGAGCUCCCAGACUUUCUCCUGGCCCGGCGCCUCGCAUUGUGUCAAAAUAUGGCUCAUCGACUCAUCCACACCCCCGCAACGGGGCUCCUUACACGGUCCCUUCCAUUCGUGGUCUGUUUCUCCUGAUAUUGGGCGUGUUCAAGUUCACGGAAUCUUGGCUAAGCACGGUUGGACCAGCACCAUUUAUGCGUUUUACGAUGGCGACAUCCAUAUCGAGUAUCGUGGAGGCCAGCUCCAUCAUAUCUUUGUCUGCGCUGCUCGGGGCUGCGGCCAUCGCAUGGCUUGGAACCAGACCACAACUCGACGAAAAAUCUCAAGAAGCAUGCAAACAAGGGCACGGACAACGUAA